AAAUCAAGGACAUGAGAGUGCUAUGGGUAUCAUGGCUUUUGUUGUUUCUUUGUCACAUUUGUAUGGCUCAAGAUGAUGCAACCGGUGGAGAUCAAACUCAGAUCACAGUACCAAAGGAGGUCGAAAAUUGUAACGGUAUCUUCUUACAAUAUACCUUUGAUUCACGACAGAAAGAGUACCCGCAUCUCAAGAACGCCACUGCACAGUCGUGGGCUUUCAAGUCUGAGUUAAUACUUGUCAAUACAGGCACCACCGAGCUGAAAUCAUGGGAAGCGUUUAUUGGUUUUCAACACGAUGAGAUCUUGGUGUCUACCGAUGGUGCAACAGUUCUUAAUGGUGACAGUUUUCCAAUGAAAGUGGAGAAGAACGGAACUCGUCUGACCGGGUAUCCACAGGCGGAUUUAAAGACUGCCAUUGACACUGCAGGCGAUCUAAGUCAGAUGUCGGCUAAGGUUAAAUUUAAAGGAACUUUGUUCGGUGUGAAGCUUGGGGGCAACCUCAUGCCUACAAAUAUUAAGCUCCAAAAUGAAGGCUUUAAGUGUCCCAAAGCAACAACGAAAGCCAAAACUAUGCAUGUGUGCUGUAAAAAAGAUCCCAAGUAUAAGCCGAAGAAGAAGACACUAAAGUUCUUUCCUAGAAGAAAAGCUGAUCUGUCCAUCAUAUACGACAUUACACAGGCAUACAAGGGCAAUUACCUCGCUGAGGUAACCAUCGAGAAUGAUCACCCACUAGGUCGUCUUGAUCAUUGGAACUUAACCUUUGAAUGGAUGAGAAAUGAGUUUAUUUAUGAUAUGCGUGGCGCUUUUACUCGUAAGAAAGAGCUUUCUGAAUGCCUCUACAGUGCAGCAGGACAAUAUUAUCAAGACUUUGAUUUCUCUAAAGUCAUGAGCUGCCAAAAAAAACCCAUCAUUUCCGACCUUCCUCCAACCAUGAAAGAUGAUGAGAAGAUUGGGAAAUUGCCAUAUUGUUGCCGGAAUGGAAGCAUUUUACCAAAAAUCAUGAAUGCAACUAAAUCCAAGUCAGUUUUUCAGAUGAAUGUUUUCAAACUUCCGCCUGAUUUAAAUCGAACCGCCAUCAAUCCACCUCAAAACUGGCACAUUGAAGGCUUUGUUAACCCGCAUUACAAAUGUGGCCAGCCCGUACAUAUUGACCCAACAGAAACCCCUGACCCGAGUGGCAUUGAAGCCACCAUCUCUGCCAUAGCAAGUUAUCAAGUAACUUGCAAUAUAACAAGACCUAAACCCAAAAUGGCGAAAUGUUGUGUGUCAUAUUCAGCUUAUUAUGCCGAUUCAGUCGUUCCGUGCAAUACUUGCGCGUGUGGCUGUGAGGAUGAAAACACUAGAAAAUGUGAUGAGGAUGCCGCAGCAUUGCCACUUCCCGCGGAAGCAUUGCUUGUUCCAUUUGCUAACAGGACUGCCAAAGUAAGAGCAUGGGCUAAAAUCAAGCACUUGGAUUUACCAAGAAAGUUACCAUGCCCAGAUAACUGCCCGAUUAGCUUAAACUGGCACGUUGACAGCGAUUAUAAAACCGGGUGGACAGCAAGGGUAACAAUAUUCAACUGGGAAAGGCGACCCUUUGCAGACUGGUUCAUGGCUGUGAAGAUGAAAAAAGCAUUCCCCGGAUUCCAAAACGUUUACUCCUUUAAUGGAACGAAAUUACCAAACGUGAACAGGACAAUAUUUAUGCAAGGGUUGCCUGGUUUGAACUACUUGGUGGCAUUAACAAACGGGUCAAAACCAGGGGAACCACCUGUACCGGGUAAACAACAAUCAGUAAUUUCGUUUUUGAAGAAAAAUAUACCUCGAUUACAUAUAGCAAAUGGAGACGGGUUUCCGUCAAAGGUAGUGUUUAAUGGUGAAGAAUGUGCAUUGCCUAAACGAUUACCUAAACGUUCCGCGGGCAGUCCUCGAUCUCCUAUCAGUUUUUUUCUGGCUGCUGUUGUUGCGUGUUUGACGUUCAUUGUGAUUACAUAUUGAUCUUCCAUCAGUGACACUAUGUAAUUUGUAGAAUUUGGAAGAAAAAAAAAUUAUGAUAGAGUUUUUACAGAGCGAGUUUUUUUGGUUAAUAGAAUUGUUA